UCAGUAUUGCGUGAUGCAGCAACAGAAGAAGAUUUGAUGCUUUACAGAACUCAGAUUUGCGAUGAGUUUUGAGUGGCCCUGGCAGUAUAAUUUCCCCCCGUUUUUCACACUACAGCCCAAUGUUGACACUCGACAGAAGCAGCUGGCGGCUUGGUGCUCGCUCGCGCUGUCCUACUGCAGACACCGAAAGCUGUACACGCUGGAUGUGCUCGAGGCCCAGGAGAGCCCGCUCUUCAACAACAAGAAAAUCGAAAGAAAGCUGUCAGUGGAGGCAAUCCAAGUUGUCUUUGAAGAACUGAGGAAAAAAGGGAACCUAGAAUGGUCAGACAAAAACAAAAGCCGCUGCCUGAUAAUGUGGCGACGGCCAGAGGAGUGGGGCAAGCUGAUCUACCAAUGGGUCUCUAAAAACGGCAUGGUGAACUCUGUCUUUACACUCUACGAGCUCGCAAAUGGUGACGACACAGAGAGCGAAGAGUUCCACGGGCUGGAGGAGGGGAUGCUUCUGCGUUCGCUGCAAGCGCUUCAAACGGACGGCAAGGCCGAGAUCAUCACCAUGGACGACGGGAAGGGCGUGAAGUUCUUUUGAGGCGCGAAACGAUGCGAAGCAAGAUGGCGUGCAAAGGGAGGACGGCUGUGGGG